AUCAGAAUAAAGGUGAAUUGUUAUUACAUAGGGUUUUUCAGUAAAAGUCACUGAAAAUUUGCUGUACAGUAACCUGAGUUCCCAAACUAGGAGACCCCAAACUGUAUCCUGCCUGCAGGACCUGCCAGGUGAAGGUAUAUUUUUGCUUUUUAAUUUGGCUAGAAGCAGUUUAUUUUUAAAGAAAAUAUGUCUCCUCUGAAGAUACAUGGUCCUAUCAGAAUUCGAAGUAUGCAGACUGGGAUUACAAAGUGGAAAGAAGGAUCCUUUGAAAUUGUGGAAAAAGAGAAUAAAGUCAGCUUAAUAGUUCACUACAAUACUGGAGGAAUUCCAAGGAUAUUUCAGCUAAGUCAUAACAUUAAAAAUGUGGUGCUUCGACCCAGUGGAGCAAAACAAAGCCGCCUAAUGUUAACUCUACAGGAUAACAGCUUCUUGUCUAUUGACAAGGUACCAAGUAAGGAUGCAGAGGAAAUGAGGUUGUUUCUAGAUGCGGUUCAUCAAAACAGACUUCAUACAGCUGUGAAACCUUCUCAGGGGUCUGGUAGUUUUGGAGCCAUUCUGGGCAGCAGGACCUCACAAAAGGAAACCAACAGACAACUUUCUUACUCAGACAAUCAGGCCUCUUCAAAAAGAGGAAAUUUGGAAACAAAAGAUGAUAUUCCAUUUCGAAAAGUACUUGGUAAUCCAGGUAGAGGAUCGAUUAAGACUGUAGCAGGAAGUGCAAUGGCUGUUACUCGGACGAUUCCUUCUUUGACAUCUACAUCAACACCUCUUAGAUCAGGGUUGCUAGAAAACCGGACUGAAAAGAGGAAAAGAGUGUUAUCUGGCUCAGAGUUGAAUGAAGAUUAUCCUAAGGAAAAUGAUUCAUCAUCGAACAACAAGGCUAUGACAGAUCCCUCAAGAAAGUAUUUAACCAGCAGUAGAGAAAAGCAGCUGAGUUUGAAACAGUCAGAAGAGAAUCGGACAUCAGGGCUUUUACCUUUGCAGUCAUCAUCCUUUUAUGGUAGCAGAGCUGGAUCCAAGGACUACUCUUCCGGUGGCACUAACCUAGACAGGACUAAUGUAUCAAGCCAGACUUCCUCUGCCAAAAGAAGUUUGGGGUUUCUUCCUCAGCCUACUCCACUUUCUGUUAAAAAACUGAGGUGUAACCAGGAUUACACUGGCUGGAAUAAACCAAGAGUGCCCCUUUCCUCUCACCAGCAACAACUACAAGGCUUCUCCAAUUUAGGAAAUACCUGCUAUAUGAAUGCUAUUUUACAAUCUCUAUUUUCAAUCCAGUCAUUUGCAAACGACUUGCUUAAGCAAGGUAUCCCAUGGAAGAAAAUUCCGCUUAAUGCACUUAUCAGACGAUUUGCACACUUGCUUGUUAAAAAAGAUGUCUGUAAUUCAGAGACCAAAAAAGAUUUACUCAAGAAGGUUAAAAAUGCCAUUUCAGCUACAGCAGAGAGAUUCUCUGGUUAUAUGCAGAAUGAUGCUCAUGAGUUUUUAAGUCAGUGCUUAGAUCAGCUGAAGGAAGAUAUGGAAAAAUUAAAUAAAACUUGGAAGACUGAGCCUGUUCCUGGAGAAGAAAACUCACCAGAUAUUUCAGCUACCAGAGUAUAUACUUGCCCUGUUAUUACUAACUUGGAGUUUGAAGUUCAGCACUCCAUCAUUUGUAAAGCAUGUGGAGAGAUUAUUCCCAAAAGAGAACAGUUUAAUGACCUCUCUAUUGACCUUCCUCGUAGGAAAAAACCACUCCCUCCUCGUUCAAUUCAAGAUUCUCUUGAUCUUUUCUUUAGAGCAGAAGAACUUGAGUAUUCCUGUGAGAAGUGUGGUGGGAAGUGUGCUCUUGUCAGGCACAAAUUUAACAGGCUUCCCAGGGUCCUUAUUCUUCAUUUGAAACGAUACAGCUUCAACGUGGCUCUCUCACUUAACAACAAGAUUGGGCAGCAAGUCAUCAUUCCAAGAUACCUGACCCUGUCAUCUCAUUGUACUGAAAAUACAAAACCGCCUUUUACCCUCGGUUGGAGUGCACAUAUGGCAAUUUCUAGACCAUUGAAAGCCUCCCACAUGGUGAAUUCCUGCAUCACCAGCCCUUCUACACCUUCAAAGAAAUUCACCUUCAAAUCCAAAAGCUCUUUGACUUUAUGCCUUGAUUCAGACAGUGAGGAUGAGUUAAAACGCUCUGUGGCCCUCAGCCAGAGACUUUGUGAAAUGGCAGGUAGUGAACAGCAACAGGAAGACCUGGAAAAAGAUACAAAAUUAUGCAAAAUAGAGCCUGAUAAGUCUGAAUUGGAAAACUCAGGAUUUGACAGAAUGAGUGAGGAAGAACUUCUAGCUGCUGUCUUAGAGAUAAGUAAGAGAGAAGCUUCACCGUCUCUGAGUCAUGAAGAUGAUGACAAGCCAACAAGCAGUCCAGAUACUGGAUUUGCAGAAGAUGAUAUUCAGGAAAUGCCUGAAAAUUCAGACACUGUAGAAACUGAGAAGCCCAAAACAAUCACAGAGCCAGAUCCUGCCAGUUUUACUGAGAUAACUAAAGACUGUGAUGAGAAUAAAGAAAACAAAACUCCAGAAGGAUCUCAGGGAGAGGUUGAUUGGCUUCAGCAGUAUGACAUGGAGCGUGAAAGGGAAGAGCAAGAGCUUCAGCAGGCAUUGGCUCAGAGUCUUCAAGAGCAAGAAGCUUGGGAACAGAAAGAAGAUGAUGACCUCAAAAGAGCCACAGAAUUAAGUCUUCAAGAGUUUAACAACUCUUUUCUGGAUGCAUUGGGUUCUGAUGAGGACUCUGGAAAUGAGGAUGUUUUUGAUAUGGAGUACACAGAAGCUGAAGCUGAAGAAUUGAAAAGAAAUGCUGAGACAGGAAAUCUUCCUCAUUCCUAUCGGCUCAUCAGUGUUGUCAGUCACAUUGGUAGCACUUCUUCUUCAGGUCAUUACAUUAGUGAUGUUUAUGACAUUAAGAAGCAAGCAUGGUUUACUUAUAAUGACCUGGAGGUAUCUAAAAUCCAAGAGGCUGCUGUGCAAAGUGAUCGGGAUCGGAGUGGUUACAUCUUCUUUUAUAUGCACAAGGAGAUCUUUGAUGAGCUGCUGGAAACAGAAAAGAAUUCUCAGGCACUUAGCAUGGAAAUGGGGAAAGCUACCCGUCAGGCCUCAUGAGGAAAAAACUCCUGGGUUGACAGUGUGCACUGCAUUUUCUCUCUUACUGCUGCCCCCCUCACCUUUUCUCUGCCUGAGAAGAAUUUGAAAUUCUGCUUGAUGCGGGAGCAACAAACAGCUCAGGGCCAAACCAAAAAACAAAAAUUGGAGUUAAGCAGAAUGCUCCAUGCUAACUAUUUUAUGGAAACUUUGGUCUCACAUCUGUAGCUGAUUAUCCUCUUUUUCUCCUACAAGAGUGGCACUUCAUUUUGUCUUAGGAGUACAUGCUGUAAAUAUAUAUAUAUGUACAUACACAUACACAUACACAUACAGGAUGAAUGGAGUCUUAAAGAGUUAGGAUGAGCCACUAGAGUAUGCCUGCUAAUAGCACAGCAGUUUGGAGAAGAAAUGAAGGUGUCAAAGAGUCCAUUCACCUUAAGAUAUAUGAAGAUACACCUGUCAGUUGGCUUUUAGCUUUUAUGUUCCUUGAGUAGUUUCACUCAAGUCUGUAGCCUUUUGUGUGUGUUUUCUUAUUAGUAAAGUUCACUGGAAAGGCAGCUCUCCAUGUUACACUAAUGACAGUUUGUUCUCCUUGCAAGAGAGAGGCAUUGCUGGUCGCCUGACUUGAGGAGCUGUUUGGUUUCCUUUUUUGUUUGUUUUAAUUUCAUGAAUUUGUAAGGUCUUUGCUGUUUACAUGCAGUCCCAAGAAAUGGAUUGUUGGUGCUUUGGAAUGUGUUAUGGUCCCACAUUUGGUAUUCCUUGUACAUUUUGUGUUUUCUUGGAAAUUUCUUUACACAGUAUGUUCUUCAUAUAUUACCUGUAUUAUUAUGGUGGCAAAAAUAGAAUCCUUUUUCUUCUGUAUCAUUUUUUCAUGGAGCAGCAUUACCCUAAUGGAUUGUAACCAAAAUUUUAAAAGUGUGGAAAGAUAAUAUUUCUCCAAUUGUGACUCCUUAGCAGGAAUAGUUAAAGAUAAGGAAGAAUGUUAGCAUCUCUGUCUCUCAAGCAUAGAGAGAUAAGAAGAGUCUUCUGUUAAAGCUAAAAUUCUGGACCUAAAACAAAAAACCCAACCAGAAGUGUGAAAUUAAGUACUUUAGUUAUAGGAUGAACCUUGAGUGUUUAAUCAUUUGCUCUCUGGCUUUGCCCUUAAAAUAGAAUGGGAAUUAAAAUGUGGUUGUUUAGGUAAUCCCAAGAACUAACAAAUAACAGAGGUGCAUAAUAUAUUUAUCUUACUUUGUAGGUACUUGAGUUGAGGCCAAGUGGGGAUGCAACAUUAAGUGCUACACUAGUUACUUAGCUGACAUAACCAGCUUGGUUAAACAGCUUAUGAAACCAUAUAAAGAAUGAGUUUGAGGGUAGUAUUCUGUCCACAAAAUAAUUUUGUAAGCCCAGAUAGCAUUAGGAUCGCAAAGUAUAGCAAGCAAAAUGAAACCUUGUUUUCUCUUUCUUUUCUUUUCCUUCCUUUCCUUUUUUUCCUUCCCUUCUUUUCCUUCCUCUUCUUUCUUUCUUUUUUUGCUUUUAUUAUAUACUCAGUUCUGAGAGGUAGGGACAAAACCACAUUAGGUUUUUCAGGAAGAAAAAACAUUUUAAAACCCAUCAUCACAGAAGCUGCAACAUCUUUUCUAGAAUAUUGUUGCCUUAUGAGAGCUCCAGCCCCACUGUUGGAACUUAAAUGUGUUCUGACAUACCCUUUC